CCCACUGCCCAAGUGACGCAUGCGCAGAAUGUCACAGUAGAGCUCCCGAACGUGAGACUGAUGUUAUGGAUUCUGCAAUGGCCUUUAAAUGAUCUGAAUAACCACUCUAAUGUCCGUCGAACGUCUCCUUAAGAAUAACGGUCAUUGCACGUAUACUCGAACUACAUCCCCGCCGUCUUACCAUGCCGAGCAACAAGCUUGACAAGCCGGAGGUGAGUGACAACGUCAAGGUGGUCGUGCGAUGUCGCCCCCUCAACCAGAAGGAGAGGUCCAUGGGCCACAAGCCGGCCGUGACGGUGGACGAGAAUCGCGGCACCAUAACGGUCAACAAGCUGGAAACCCAACAUGAGCCCCCCAAAACAUUCACCUUCGACACGGUGUUUGGGCCGGACAGCAAACAGCUGGAUGUCUACAACCUCACCGCCAGACCAAUCGUCGACUCAGUGCUAGCAGGAUACAAUGGCACCAUCUUUGCCUAUGGUCAAACUGGCACUGGGAAGACCUUCACCAUGGAAGGUGUUCGAGCAGUGCCAGAGCUCCGAGGGAUUAUCCCCAACUCUUUCGCCCAUAUUUUUGGUCACAUCGCUAAAGCGGAGGGAGACACGAGGUUUUUGGUUCAUGUCUCUUACCUGGAGAUUUACAAUGAAGAAGUGCGAGACUUGUUGGCUAAGGACCAGACGCAGAGACUAGAGGUCAAAGAAAGACCGGACGUUGGCGUGUAUAUCAAAGACCUCUCAGGCUAUGUUGCUAACAAUGCUGACGACAUGGACAGGAUUAUGACUCUUGGCAACAAAAACCGGUCUGUUGGGGCCACUAAUAUGAAUGAGCACAGCUCCCGAUCUCACGCCAUCUUCACUAUCACCAUCGAGUGCAGCGAGAAGGGUGUGGAUGGAAACCAGCAUGUGCGCAUGGGAAAACUUCAUCUGGUGGAUCUUGCGGGUUCAGAAAGACAAGGUAAAACUGGCGCCACAGGCCAGCGCCUGAAGGAAGCAACAAAGAUCAAUCUCUCGCUCUCCACUCUGGGUAACGUCAUCUCCGCCCUGGUGGAUGGCAAGAGCACUCAUGUGCCCUACAGGAACUCUAAACUCACCCGUCUGCUCCAGGAUUCACUAGGAGGGAACUCCAAGACUUUGAUGUGUGCCAACAUAGGCCCUGCAGACUACAACUAUGACGAGACCAUCAGUACGCUGCGCUACGCCAACAGGGCUAAAAACAUCAAGAACAAAGCAAGAAUCAACGAGGACCCCAAAGAAGCACUGCUGCGAAAAUUUCAGGAGGAGAUUGAGGAGCUGAAGAAGAAACUAGAGGAGGGUGAGGAGAUCUCUGGCUCGGAGGGCAGCGGGUCCGAUGAGCUUGAUGAGGGUGACGAUGAAGGAGGGGAAGCCGGGCAAGGGCGCAGGAGACGAAGAGGAAAGAAGAAGCUUUCCCCUGAAAAGAUGGUGGAAAUGCAGGCCAAGAUUGACGAGGAGCGAAAGGCUUUGGAGGCAAAGCUGGACAUGGAGGAGGAGGAGAGGAACAAGGCGAAGGCAGAGUUGGAGAAAAGGGAGAAAGAUCUUCUCAAAGCUCAGCAAGAGCAUCAUCUUCUGCGUGAGAAGUUGUCAGCCUUGGAGAAGAAGGUGAUCGUAGGGGGCGUAGACCUCCUGGCGAAGGCUGAGGAGCAGGAGAAGCUUUUGGAAGAGUCCAACAGUGAGUUGGAAGAACGCCGCCGUAGGGCCGAGCGGCUUCGCAAGGAGCUAGAGGAGAAAGAGCAAGAGCGGCUGGACAUUGAGGAGAAGUACACAAGCCUUCAGGAGGAGGCCCAAGGAAAGACUAAGAAACUAAAGAAAGUGUGGACCAUGCUCAUGGCUGCCAAAUCUGAAUUGGCAGAUCUGCAACAAGAACAUCACAGAGAGAUCGAGGGCCUCCUGGAGAACAUCCGCCAACUCAGCCGAGAGCUGCGACUCCAAAUGCUGAUCAUAGACAACUUUAUUCCUCAGGAUUACCAGGAAAUGAUUGAGAAUUUUGUGCACUGGAAUGAAGGCAUUGGAGAAUGGCAGCUGAAAUGUGUCGCUUUCACUGGCAACAAUAUGAGAAAACAGACCCCUGCGCCUGGCAAAAAAGAAAAAGAUCCGUUUGAGGUGGACCUGUCCUAUGUGUAUCUGGCCUACACAGAAGAGAGCAUGCAACAGUCACUGAUGAAACUAGAGAGGCCUAAAACCUCUAAGAGUAGCAAGAGCGGCCGGCCCAAGUCUGGUCGGAGGAAAAGAUCAGCAAAAGCAGAUGCCGCCGUCGAAUCUCCACUGCAGUAAAGGCAUCGCAGAGUCAAGAGAAAAAGUCUCCUUUGCCGAUUUAAACUGAUGACCAUUCCUUUAAAAAGGUGAUAUCUGAGUACACUGUACAGCUGACACGGUUAUAAAUGUGAAGCAGUUGUUGUUAGGAGCAUUAUAGUUAUUAAUAAGAUCCCCCGCUUCACAUAUAGCUUUGAAAGCCAGGUCAGCAGCAGCUCUCUUGUUUAUUAAGCUCUGUUACGUCAGCACCUCGGACAGAAAGUCAACCUGAAUGAUCCACGUCAUGGCAAUAGUUGUCCUUUUUACACUAAUACUCAUUGGAUGUUCAUUGAGUCCAAUAAAUGCUCCAUUCAUUACACAAAACGUAUUAGCAGGAAGUCAAAAAGCCUUGUCAAAUUUAUAUAAAUAUUAUAAUUAAAUUGUUAAUAUAGUGGAACCUCCAAAGUCUAAAGCAGUGGUUCUUAACCUUGUUGGAGGUACCGAACCCCACCAGUUUCAUAUGCGCAUUCACCCAACCCUUCUUUAGUGAAAAAUACAAUGUUUAGUUUUUUUUUCAAAUUCAAGACAAACUUAUAUGUUUUUGGUAACACUUUAGUAUGGGGAGCAUAUUCUAAUUAACAAAGACUAAAUUUAGAGUUAUUUGGACACUAGGGGAACAUAUUCUAAGUAACAAAGACUUAAUUUAGAGUUAUUUGGACACUAGUGAAACAUAUUCUAAGUAACAGACUUAAUUUAGAGUUAUUUGGGCACUACGGGAACAUAUUCUAAGUAACAAAGACUAAAUUUAGAGUUAUUUGGACACUAGGGGAACAUAUUCUAAGUAACAAAGACUUAAUUUAGAGUUAUUUGGACACUAGUGAAACAUAUUCUAAGUAACAGACUUAAUUUAGAGUUAUUUGGGCACUACGGGAACAUAUUCUAAGUAACAAAGACUUAAUUUAAAGUUAUUUGGACACUAGGGGAACAUAUUCUAAGUAAUAAAGACUUAAUUUAAAGUUAUUUGGACACUAGGGAAACAUAUUCUAAGUAACAGACUUAAUUUAGAGUUAUUUGGGCACUACGGGAACAUAUUCUAAGUAACAAAGACUUAAUUUAGAGUUAUUUGGACACUAGGGGAACAUAUUCUAAGUAAUAAAGACUUAAUUUAAAGUUAUUUGGACACUAGGGGAACAUAUUCUAAGUAACAAAGACUAAAUUUAGAGUUAUUUGGACACUAGGGGAACACAUUCUAAGUAACAAAGACUAAAUUUAGAGUUAUUUGGACACUAGGGGAACAUAUUCUAAGUAACAAAGACUUAAUUUAGAGUUAUUUGGACACUAGGGGAACAUAUUCUAAGUAAUAAAGACUUAAUUUAAAGUUAUUUGGACACUAGGGAAACAUAUUCUAAGUAACAGACUUAAUUUAGAGUUAUUUGGGCACUACGGCAACAUAUUCUAAGUAACAAAGACUUAAUUUAGAGUUAUUUGGACACUCUGGGAACAUAUUCUAAGUAAUAAAGACUUAAUUUAAAGUUAUUUGGACACUAGGGGAACAUAUUCUAAGUAACAAAGACUUAAUUUAGAGUUAUUUGGACACUAGGGGAACAUAUUCUAAGUAACAAAGACUUAAUUUAGAGUUAUUUGGACACUAGGGGAACAUAUUCUAAGUAACAAAGACUUAAUUUAGAGUUAUUUGGACAAUAGGGGAACAUAUUCUAAGUAACAAAGACUCAAUUUAGAGUUAUUUGGACACUAGGGGAACAUAUUCUAAGUAACAAAGACUUAAUUUAGAGUUAUUUGGACACUAGGGGAACAUAUUCUAAGUAACAAAGACUAAAUUUAGAGUUAUUUGGACACAGGGGAACAUAUUCUAAGUAACCAAGACUUUAGAGUUAUUUGGACACUAGGGGAACAUAUUCUAAGUAACAAAGACUAAAUUUAGAGUUAUUUGGACACUAGGGGAACAUAUUUCUAAGUAAUAAAGACUUAAUUUAGAGUUAUUUGGACACUAGGGAAACAUAUUCUAAGUAAUAAAGACUUAAUUUGGAGUGUUACCAUGUUUUUUUUACUGGUGCACAAAAUGAACCGUGCAUUAACAUCAAUCACCUUGUUCAAAGAACAAAACCAACACAGUGCAUAAACUCACAACAAAUUACACACCUGCAAACCAGUCAGCUGUUGCCGUAUCCGUAAUACGCUAAUAGGGAGAAGUUUAUAUUUACACGAUGAGUCGGGUGUGUUUUGACCUUCGCCGAACCCCUGAGGCCGACUCACCGAACCCCUAAGGUUUGAUCGAACCCAGGUUAAGAACCACUGGUCUAAAGCUAUACAUUUUAUGAUGCUGGGCAACUUCUAGGUCAUUUUAUUUUCAGGGGAAACAAAUCUGCGUAGGAAAUAAUGCAAAGUGAAUUUAUUAGUUAGGUUUCAGUCAUAAAAAACACAAUUAACUCUACAACCAGUGUUUUAAGUCACAUAAAAAGAGCGGUCCACACUCACUGUACAAUAAACCUAAAAUCAAGUAAAACUACUCACACUUUUAAGAAGGGAUAGGUACCAAAUUCCCUUUAUAUAGGCACCAACCGAAUUCCGUCUCUACUACCGAGUAUGGAUUCAAGUAAAAUCAAACAGUGCCAUAUAUUAAUACCUGUGUUGCACGUGACGUCAUGUCUUGUUGCACACUCGGUCGACUCAAACAUUUGGCAGCAAUAGAAAGCAUUCAAGCAGCAUUCAUAGCUGACUCGGUCAAACUGCCUGGAGGUAAUGUUACAAUUUUCCAUGCCAACAAAGCAAGUAAGGCUUGCUCGAACGUACAGUAAGGUUCGACUUUUCAAAAUGCACUAGCACCAUGCUAGCCCAUGGCGGGUUCAACACCUACGAAUUUGUUAAUGAAAAAUACAACUAAGAUACACGUUACGAUCUGGUGUGUAAAAAAAUACAGUACUUACAGUUGAAACACUUUGUACAGCGCAGCAUAACGCUAGACAGACAUUCAACUUAAUGUCAAAGACUACUUCCUGGCUAGGCAAGUCACCAUAGCCUAUACACUACUACCAUCGGACAUCUUGAAAUUGCAACAGCAUGCAAAGUCUGCUAUAUAAUACUUGCAAAUGAGACCCAAAGGCGUAAUACAAAAACAAGCUGGACAGCACAGUUAAAUAAACAUUUGAUUUUAUUAUAAAACAAAUUAACGUUAAUUAACACAUGAACAUACAAACUGGUACCGGUAUCAACUCCCAGCCAUCGGAAAUUGGUACUGUAUCGAUUCAAAUGUGAAAUAUAACCAUCCCUACUUUGGUGACACAAGACUCUAUAUAUGUAUAUAUAUAUAAA